AUGGAACCGGGUGUGUUGGAUUCGUUACGGAUAUAUUUGGAAGAAGGUUGUGGUUGCACAGAUACAGCCAUAUCUUCACUGGUUGCUGGCUAUCAUGCCUACGCCCAGUCAGUCAACAUCAUGUCGGAUUGGUUAGUGGCACUGGGAGAUCCUCAACCAGAAGAUCCAAAGCCAACAGCACCUGUAAAGAAGGCAAAACGAGGUCGUCGAGGCGCAAAGCAAUCAGCAAAAAAGGCAGAGGAAGAGCGAAAGCAGAAAGAGGAAGAAAAGGCCAAAGAAAGUGACACACCAAAGAGCCCGUCGAAAAAGCAUGAGACGGAAAAGAAGUUGGAACCGUUCUAUGGCAAGAUGGAAGCCGCAAAAAGUGUAGAAAAUACAUUGGCAAUGCUUAUCGCAAAGCAUUUCUCACCAGAUAUCGCUGAUACGAUCUUUGAAGAUGGUGGAGUUAUCGAGUGGUUACCCGAACUUAUAAAUCACAGGCGAUGGCGAACGCUUCUCUACGAAUUGAUGGAUCAAUACCCAAAUUGUCUUAUGCUCAAUUUUGCUGUGAAACUUAUAUCAGAUGCUGGUUUCCAGACGGAAAUCAGUACAGUCAGCUCAGCUGCACAACAGCUAGAUAUCUUCUCAAGAGUGCUGUUGACAUCGAUCGAUACGGUCUUGACAGAACACCGAAAAGGCUGCAUAACAACGGCGUACGAAAAAGCGUUCGGGGAAUUGGUAAGAGCUUUACAAUCGAUUUUCCCCGUGGGCCAAUUUGAUUGCUCGCUAGUUGAGUUUUGUGGCAUGUUGAUGUAUGCAAAACUCAUUGAAGCGUCUCAUAACGAAUAA